AUGCCCUUGUUCUCGUUUCCUCUCAGUGCCAGCCUUCUGGUUGUGGUUCUUGCGUUAGGAGUCAUUAUCCGAGCUCACUUCAAAGCUAGAAAGUACAACCAUCUUGUAUGGAGCGGCACAUCAAGCAGAACAGCAUUCGGCCUGCUAUAUGCUAGGGUUCGCAACACGAUCUACAUGAGACAGAAUUAUCAGAGUGCUGUCGAUAAUUAUCCCUCGAAAGGUCAAGCUUGCUUCAUGCCCGACGUCCUGAAAGACACUAUCAUCCUCCCAGCCGAGGAACUCGAAUGGCCUCGAGAUCCCCACACGCUCACCGACCCAUACAUUGUUCAACGUCAUGAGCCCCAUCACAAAGGAAUUUCGCGCGAUCUUACACGUCGGCUCGGAGACUUGACACAGGACAUUUUCGACGAACUAUCCACGAGCAUCGACGAGGAGUGGGGCAAACAUACCGGUCAAUGGACGGAAAUCAACCCAUACACAACGAUGCUCAAGGUUGUCUUCCGUACAGGCAAUCGUAUCUUCAUAGGCCCGAAAUUGUGCAGAAAUCAAGAGUUCAUGGAAGAAACCCUCGGUUUUGCAAAUUCAGUUGUGCCAAAUGCCAUCCUAAUUCGACAAUUGCCCAGGUUUCUACGUCCAUCGAUGAUACCACUGAUAACUAUGAAGAACAAACGCCAUCGAAGACGAGUUACAGAAAUAAUUAUGCCUGAGGUACUCGCGCGUCAAGCGAUGAUCAGGGGCGACUCGGAACAGAAACUCAAUUCGAAACCCAACGACUUUCUGCAAUGGUUGACCGAAGCUGCAGAGUUAUCAGAAAGAGAUCGUGAUCGAGUUCCGAAGGUGAUCUGCGGCAGACUGAAAGUGGUCAAUUUCGCUGCCAUCCACACCACAACAAUCACGUCCACGAACGUAAUCUUCGAUCUCAUUUCGUCGCCCUCUUCUCAGGAUGUUAUCGAUAUACUUCGGCGAGAGGCAGCUAAUGCCUUCGCUACCAACAACAACACAUGGACGAAACAAGGGAUAAACCAGAUGUCAAAGAUAGACAGCCCACUCAAAGAAUCCUUCCGCCUCGGAUCCCUAUCAGCAUACGGCCUCCUUCGAGCAGUCGUCAAAAAAGGUGGCAUCACUACACCCCACAGCAAUACAUACCUCCCAGAAGGCGCAACAGUAGGAAUCGCCGCACAAGCUAUCCAUCACGACCCCGAAAUCUACCCUGAGCCGAAUGAAUAUCGUCCCUUCCCCUUUGCAGAGUUGCGUGCCGAAGCUACCGCGAAGCUGGAGGGUGGCACAGCUGGAAUACUCAAGGCUGCGAACCUUGCUUUUCCGAGCGUGUCGCCUACAUUUCAGGCCUUUGGUUUUGGUAAACAUGCUUGUCUGGGCAGGUUUUUUGCAGCCAGUAUGCUUAAGCUGCUGCUUGCCUACAUCGUGCAGCAUUAUGAAUUUCAGAUGUUAAAGAGGAGACCUGAUAGGACGUGGAUUGGGCCGAAUAUCAUUUGUCCUAUGGACCUGACUGUCAGAGUGAAGAGGCGGAGGUUGUCGUGA